CCAGGGACUGCUGAGAUGCAGGCUGGUGUCUCUGCUCCCACACUUUCCCACGCAGCAGAGGCAGAGCUGCUGUGGGAGGGGGUGGGACUCAGAGCCCAGUUCUGCUUGCUGUGCGCAAGUGUUCUCGUGACACCCACACAGUUUCUGUGCUGGCUGCAGACCGCCGCAAGCUUGUACAAUGAAGACAGAAACCUGCUUCGAGUUAGAGAGAAGGAGCGACGCAACCAGGAAGCUCACCAAGAGCAAGAGGAGUUUCCUGAAGAGAUGCCUCUUUUUGGAGAGCCCUACAAGACAGCAAAAGGUGAUGAGCUAUCCAGCCGAUUACAGAGCAUGCUGGGGAACUAUGAAGAGAUGAAGGAGUUCCUGAGCAUCACUUCCUACCCUCAGUGCCCGGAUGCUUCGGAGAACCGCCUGGGGAAGCCAAGAUGCCCUUUGUUUCCCGAGCGGGGGAGCAGCAUUCCAUCCAGCCCCUUUCACGCCAGUGUCCACCACCAGCCCUUGCACACCUCUGCCCCUAGGCCCCUUUCCAUGGGUAGCAGCAGCCACAAUCCAAAGAUGAUGCAGCUGAGAACGGACCCAGUGCCAGGCCCUCAUGCCAAGGGCUACGGCCCGCUGGACAGCCAGCACCUGACUCAGGACCACCUUGGGCAGGAAGGGUCCAGCUCUGGUCAGCACAAAAGGGGGGACCACAGAGGCAAUAGAGACCUGAGUGCCCCUGGGACAGGUGCCACUCCAGCUGGAGAGCUUUCUCCUUUCAUCUCCUCUUUGCCCUCCCCGGUGCCACCCCUGUCACCCAUACAUUCCACCCACCUAGCACCCCCCAGGGCACAAGGAGGUGGCAAGGCUCAGGGCAGCGGCAGCAAUAGUAAAGGCUGCUGCCCAGCCAGGUCUCCCAAGGACCCAGCCUCAAAGACUUGUGAGAAAGAGGUCCCUCUGGACAGCAUGGCGGUGGUAGCCAGCCUUGGGGUUGCCCCCCAGCCUCCUCCUCAGACAUUUCCACCUCCCCCACUGCCCUCCAAAAGCGUGGUCCUGCAGCAGAAGCCUACAGCCUACGUGCGGCCCAUGGAUGGGCAGGAUCAGGCCCCCAAUGAGUCUCCGAAGCUGAAACUGCAGAACUUGGAGAGGGUAGGCCCAAAGGUGCCUGCUGAGGCCCGGCUCACCAAGCUGAAGAUGCCAGCCCUGCCUGUGGAGCAGACCUACUCUAGUGACAUCCACUGUGUUGAAGAGAUUCUGAAGGAAAUGACCCAUUCCUGGCCGCCUCCUUUGACAGCAAUACACACGCCUAGCACAGUGGAGCCCUCCAAAUUUCCUUUCCCCACCAAGGAUUCUCAGCACAUUAGUUCUGCAGCCCAAAACCCAAAGCAAUAUGAUCAGCCUGCCAAAACCCACCCCAGUUCUCAGCAAGGAACAUCCAUGCUCGAGGACGACCUUCAGCUCAGUGACAGUGAGGACAGUGACACAGAGCAAACCCCAGAGAAGCCUCCUUCCUCAGCUGCACCUCCAAGUGCUGCACCGUUGCUGCCGGAGCCAGUGGCCUCUGCACAUUCCAGCAGCGCAGAGUCGGAGAGCACCAGUGACUCCGACAGCUCCUCCGACUCAGAGAGCGAGAGCAGCUCGAGUGACAGUGAGGAGAACGAGCCCCACGACGCCACAGCUGCGGAGCCGGAGCCUCCAACAACAAACAAAUGGCAGCUGGACAACUGGCUGAGCAAGGUGGGCCAGCCGACUACGGCCCCCGAGGGCUCAGGCAGCGCAGAGCCUGCGCGCCUUGGGGGCCAGCAGGGUCAGGGAGACAGCAACAUCAGUGCCACAGGCCAGGCGCCUGCUGAGCCCAAAGCCCCGCCCCCAAAGAGCUGCAGCAGGGCGCCCCGGGGCCCCGCCGAGGUUCCCCACGCCAGCAGGAGAGGCGGCCACAAGUCCCCAGCACAGCAGGAGCUACCAUCCAGACAGACCAUUGGGACCAAGCACCCGAGGAGGCCUGCCAAGGCUUUGGCCCUAGCCACAGCGGUGGACACGAGAGCCAGCUCACAGGGAGACAGGGAGCUGGGCCCUGUGCCCUGUGGCCUGAAGGACCCAACCUGCAAAGAGAAGCCCAGGGUGAAGACGAAAGGCAGGCCACGUGCUGGGGGCAGCAGGGAGCCUGGGCCCACCACGCCAGCCCCUGGGGAAAAGCAGCAGCCCAGGAGCUGCGCCCUGGUCCCCACCAAGGACAGCACAGGGGCCGCAAGCCCUGAGCCCUUUGUGCUGGUCCCCUUGGCACAGGUUCAGGCCCAGGCCCAGGGCAGUGGCAGGACUAGUGGCUGCCGGCAGGCUGUGGUGGUCCAGGAGGAUGGACACAAGGACAUGCUGCUGCCUCCCUUAAGGAAUACCAGGGUGCUCUCGCCGCUCAGGGAAACGCCUGCCCCCCACAGCCUGGUGGUGAAGAUAGCGCUCGACCUCAUCCCCAGGGUACCUCGUCUGCCUGGGAAGGCGGGCCGCCCCAGGAAGCCGGAGGAGAAGCCUCCAUCCACAGGGAAGAGGCAGGAGCCAGAGAAGCGAUGCUCAGAUAUCCCUGGCAAGGCAGCCAGGAAGAGGAAGGGGGAAGCAGAGAGAGACUAUGAUAAUAAGAAAAUCAGACUGGAGAAAGAAGUCAAACCACAACCCUCUUUGUCUUCAUCCUCCCACAAAGAAUCUUCUAGAACUAAGACUCCCAAGCCCUCCUCAGAGCCCUCAAAAAAAGAAAUGCUUCCCCCUCCACCUGUGUCCUCCUCCAUGUCCUCCUCAUCCUCCCAGAAGCCAGCCAAGUCUGCACGUAAGAGGUCACGGCAGGAAGCAGACCUCUGUCAGGACCCUCCCCAAAGUGCCAGUGGUACCAAGAGCAGCCAGAAAGACCUUUCUGUUCCCAAGCACAGGAAAGCCCAGGGCAAGGGCUCUGGAAGCUCUUCGGAACACAGAGGACCUGGAGAUACUGCAAAUCCCUUUCCAGUGCCUUCUUUGCCAAAUGGUAACUCUAAACCAGGGAAGCCUCAAGGGAAGUUUGACAAACAGCAAGCUGAUUUUCACAUGAAGGAGGCCAGAAAGUUGAAGUGCAAAGCAGAGUCAAUGACGGACAAGGUGGGGAAGGCCUUUAAGUACUUGGAUGCCGUCCUGUCCCUUCUCGAGUGUGGGAUCGCCACAGAGUCAGAGGGCCUGGCCACCAAGUCGGCGUACUCUGUGUACUCGGAAGCUAUGGAUCUUGUUAAGUUCACGAUGUCACUAAAACCCUGUGACACCACCACACAAGAGAAAAUAUUUGCGGUUUUAUGCAUGCGCUGCCAGUCUCUCCUGAACAUGGCGAUGUUUCGCUGUAAGAAAGACAUAGCAAUAAAGUAUUCCCGCACUCUGAACGAACACUUCAAGAGCUCUUCCAAAGUAGCCCAGGCACCUUCUCCAUGCAUUGCAAGAAGCACAGGCGCACCAUCCCCCCUCUCCCCAAUGCCGUCUCCUGCCAGCUCUGUCGGGUCCCAGGCCAGUGCUAGCAAUAUUGGGAGCAGCGGGAUGACAGCCACAGUCAGCACCCCCGUCACCAUCCAGAACAUGACCUCCUCCUAUGUCACCAUCACAUCCCAUGUCCUCACUGCCUUUGAUCUUUGGGAGCAGGCAGAAGCCCUUGCAAGAAAGAACAAAGAAUUCUUUGCUCAGCUCAGCACAAAAACAUGCACCUUAGCCCUCAACAGCAGUUUGGCGGACCUGGUGCACUAUGCAAGACAGGGUUUUCAGCGGCUAAAACAAGCAACCAGAACACCUUAACA